UCUUUGUUCUCAUCCUUCCAAUCGAUUCUCGUUUUUUAUCACCUUAUUCAACCAAAAUGGCGACAGAACAGAAGCUGGAGCAGGCCGGAAACGGCGAGACUGUUGCAUCCGUGCUGUGCACCAAAUACAACUGGACACCAGACGACCGUGCCAACUGGAGAUCUAUUGCUUUCCGCGAGGAUGGCGUCGGAUGUUUGAAACUUCUGUCUGACGGACCCGGCACACUCUUGGUUUGCGAGUUCGACUGGGAGUUCAAUGAGGAUUAUAACGGCCCAGGCACAGCAGAGAAGAAAGUUGACACCCGGCAAGAGGAUCUCGAGGACAGUCUGCGGACACGCCAAAUUGCCGAGUUUGCGAUAGACAUCAAGUUCCGCAACAGUCAGCCAAGGGAGGAGUUUGGGUUUGGGUCGAUAGAUAUCGAAGCAGCCAACUCACGUCGCCUAAAAGAAACGGCAUAUGAGCAGGAGACUUUCUUUGUCCGCCUGGAGGUCGGUAACUUUCCGGCUCAACAUGAUACCAACCCCCCCGAUAGCGAGGCGUACGGGAAGACGAGAUGGGCCCAACGGUUAUCGUUUCAAAACAAAUCGCCAAUCCCACCACGGGAUAGAUGGCGCGACAGUUUCCAGGGCAUGCUGGAGGCAAUGAACUGGGAGAUCGAGACGAAUUGGUUCAGUCACAAGUUGCGUGGAGAUUAAACCAUUGAACCGUCUCUCACCAGUUUCAACAGGGGUAGAGCGGAUCAGGCACUUACAGAUUGCGUACAAUUAAGCACAUGACACACGAUAAAUCAGGGUACAGAGGGGAUAGUCAAGAAGAGACGCUUUACAUUUGUGUCGCAAUUUCUAUAAAGUUCA